AUGCGUGUCGCUUUCGCGCUGGUCGUCCUCCCCUUCUCGGGUCUUAGCAAACUGGUUUUCGCGGCCCCCACCCCCGGCCUAGAAGCGAUCCGACAGCCAGUCAAUAUUUCUGAUGCUGCUACUCGUACUAUAGUAGCUCGCCAACCCGUGGGGUACGACUUUACAUGCGAAAACAAGCCACAUAUCUGCAAAAACAUGUGCUUGGCUGCCUUGUGUAGAGAUAAGCCGGGCGUGGCUCUUGCGGCCGAGGGGCAGUACCAGGCCAGAGGUUCCUCUGGCUCCAGCGGCGGGCAAAACAAGGAAAGCAGAAAGCACUCGGGCUUCAAGUUCUUCACAACCGACCGUGGUAAGGCUGCAUUUAGCGCCUCCGGUUUCCAGGCAGAAAAUGAUUUAUGCACGUCAAUGGAUGAGUGGCCCCCGGCAUCUACGAUUCAAGGUGGAACGGCCGCUGUGCUAAGACUUGUACCUGUAAUUGAGCAGUAUCGACAGGGCGGCGCAACUGCCACCGAUCGCACCGACCACUUUUAUGUGCUUGCUGACUGGUCGUAUGCAUUGACAAGCCUUUCGAACUGCAAGACCGCCCGCAUCGGUGGCACCAAUCGGCCUUGGGGAGCAGCAUCGCAAAAGAGGCACACUAGAGUCUUUCCAACUCUGAGUAUGGAGUUCAUCGAGAGCAUCGAGUUUUUGAAGCGUGCGAUCAAGGUUGUUCCAGCCGCGAUAAUGGCUAGCCAAAUUUCGCUGGACCUUCUUGAGAUCUCCUCAGGCCUUAAUCGAGAGGUAAUGGGGUGUGAGAUGCCCCCCUUCGGCCAGGCAUCUGAAGGCCAGCCCUUGUCACGGCUCGCUCUUCUGACCUUCCUAUCCCUUAGAUCAACCCCGAAACCGGGCAAAGUUUGGGCGUAUGGGCAAGAGACCAGUUCAAAUUUAUUGACCGUUUUCCAGCCCUAG